AUGAGCGAUAAUAAAUUUUUAUCAGAAUUAUCCCAAAAUUUACUUGAAAUUUUGAACGAUGAAGAAUAUUAUGAUAUUACAAUUGAAGUUGGUAGUGAUCCUAACGUGAAAAUAUUUCGAGCUCAUAUGGUUAUUUUAAACUAUCGUUCUUCUUAUUUACGAAGAAUUUUAUCAAAAAAUGAAAGGAAAAAUGAUGGAACUUUAUCACAUAUUAAAUUACCAACUAUUUCACCAGAAAUUUUUCAAUCAAUUUUAAGGUAUAUUUAUGGAGGAAAAUUUCUUUUUGAAGAAUAUGAUACUUUAGAUGGUAUUAUUAAAAUCUUAGUUGCUGCCAAUGAGCUUAAUCUUCAAGAAUUA